CAGCCUGGGGGAGCACAGCUUCACCUUGCUGCCUUCAUCCCCUUCCUCGCUGCUUUAUUCCUUCUGCCGCUCUCACCCUGCUCACGUCAGCUGCCAUGUCUCGCCAGUGUGCUGCAAGGAACCAGAGCAAAACUGGCUUCAGUGCUGCUUCUGCCUUCAUCCCAAACACCAGCAGCACCAGCUUCUGCUUACGUUCUGCAUCCCAAGGUGGAAGCUGCAGUACCGCCCCUGGGUAUGGAAGAUUUGCUGGAGGUUUUGGAAGCAGGAGCCUUUACAGUCUUGGUGGAUGCAAGAGGAUCUCCGUAGCUGGAAGAGGUGGUAGCUUCUAUGGACCUGCAGGUUUUGGUGCUGGCACUGGGAUCUCCUGCGGUUUUGGUGGUGCACUUGGUGGUGCCUUUGGGUUUGGUGGUGGCAUGGGUGGCCCUGGAUUCCCUGCUCUCCCAGCUGGGGGCAUCCAUGAAGUCUCAGUCAACCAGAGCCUUCUGAAACCUCUCAACCUGGAGAUUGACCCCAACAUCCAGAGUAUCCGUAAGGAUGAGAAGGAUCAGAUUCAAACCCUCAACAAUAAAUUUGCCUCCUUCAUUGACAAGGUCCGAUUCCUUGAACAACAAAAUAAGGUCCUGGAGACCAAGUGGGCCCUUCUGCAAGAACAGGGGAACAAACCAGUCAGAAAUAACAUUGAGCCCCUCUUCGAGACCUACAUCAACAACCUCAGGAGACAGCUGAACAGCUUGCUGACAGACAAGGAGAACUUGGGAGGGGAGCUGAACAAGGUGCAAGGCCUUGCUGAGGACUUCAAGAACAAAUAUGAAGAGGAGAUCAACAAGCGUACAGCUGUUGAGAAUGAAUUUGUGAUCCUGAAGAAGGAGGUGGAUGCUGCCUACAUGAACAAGACAGAGCUGCAAGCCAGGCUGGACUCCCUUAUGGAGGAAAUAGAUUUCCUCAGAGCCCUCUAUGAAGCUGAGCUGUCUCAGAUGCAGACCCAGAUCUCCGACACCUCAGUCAUCCUGACCAUGGACAACAACCGCAGCCUGGACAUGGAUGGGAUCAUCGCGGAGGUCAAAGCGCAGUACGAGGACAUCGCCAACCGGAGCCGGGCAGAGGCCGAGUCCUGGUACCAGUCCAGGUAUGAAGAGUUGCAGGCUACCGCAGGCAGGCACGGGGACGACCUCCGUCACACCAAGCAGGAGAUCUCCGAGCUCAACCGCCACGUCCAGCGGCUGCGGUCUGAGAUCGACAGCGUGAAGAAACAGUGCGCCAGCUUGCAGACAGCUAUUGCAGAUACCGAGCAGCGCGGGGAGCUGGCUCUCAAGGAUGCCAGGGCAAAACUGGCCGAGCUGGAGGCAGCUCUGCAGAAAGCCAAGGCUGACCUGGCCCGGCAGCUCCGCGAGUACCAGGAGCUCAUGAACGUCAAGCUGGCCCUGGACAUCGAGAUCGCGACCUACAGGAAGCUGCUGGAGGGCGAGGAGUGCAGGCUCUCUGGAGAAGGUGCCAGCACGGUGAAUAUCUCUGUGACCAGAACCCCUGCAGGAACGGGAUAUGGAAGUGGAAACUGUCUCAGCUUCGGAGGCAGCAGUGGUGUCGGAGGAGAGAUCUGUGCUGGAGGAAUGGGCUUCAGCUCUGGAAGCGGACAAGGCACAGCCGGGUCAUGCAUGGUUGGUGGAAGCAGUUCCAGCAUGAAGUAUGUCUCCACCACCUCUUCAACCAAGAGAUGCUAUUAAAGUCAGACAUCAGCACUGUUAGCUAGCGUGUGCCAAGUUUCCUCUCAUACUGUGUUCAAUCCUUACCCUGCUACUUGCAAAAGAUUUGGAAGUCAAAGCUGUCUGUCCUUAUUUAUAUAAAACUUGUCAUCUUCCUGUUUGUUCUUUUACUCUUUGAAAAAUUAGUGUUUGUCUAAUAAAAGGCACGUGAAAUUAA